AAGGGAGUUGGUGCCGUCUCUGUUUUAACCACAAUCGACCGGUUUCUUUCGAAAGUUGUGAACUCGUCUGACGGGAAUUUCACGAUGGAGGUCGACAAGCCAAACUUGUUUAUAGAAAUUGGUCAAGUAGACAGUUGUGACAAUAUUACGUUUCCGUCCAAUGCCGGUAAUACCAAAAAUACAACGAAUAGUAUGGAGGAUCAGAUCGUCGUUGGCUGUGGACAAGGUAUAAACGUAUUUAGUGGCGGCUUGUUUAAAAACAUGUCGGGAAUGUUGCCUACAACUUCAAAUGAUAUCGACUCAUUAGACAGUUCAAUCAACGGGCCGGUACUGUCCUUCAGUUUUCACAGACAACAAAACAGAACAGAGAACGUCAGCAUAACCUUCCAUGUCUUUGAUAAUGAAUUAAGGGACCCUGCUUGUUCCUUUUGGAAAACAAACUUAAGCGGGAAUAGCCGCUGGUCCACCGAGGGAUGCGAAUUAGAACACUUUGACAGCGAGACAGGGACUGUGUCCUGCAAGUGUAACCACCUGACAAACUUUGCUGUCCUCAUGAGCCCCACCAGUACCACUGAAACGGAAACUGUUCACCAUCGCAGCCUUGGAGUUUUGUCAAUUGUGGGAUGCAGCAUAUCUAUACUUGGUUUGGUUCUUACCAUUGCGAUCUAUGUAUACUUUUGGAGGACUGUACAUUCCACGAGGUCAGUUUUGCUUCUCAACCUGUGUACGGUUCUUGUUGUGGCUUACGUCCUGUUUCUGGCAGGGGUGGACUACACUUCACAACCCGCCGUGUGCACGUCCAUUGCUGUUCUGCUCCAUUACAUAUUUUUGGCUGCCUUUUUCUUGAUGCUAUCGGAAGGAUGUAUUAUUGCACAAAAGGUGCUCAGACCCCUUGACAAAAGGAACAUUUUACAAGCAUUGCUUGGAAUUUCUUACGGACUUCCCCUGGUCGUCGUUAUUAUUUCUGCUGCAUCAUCUAAACUGAAAGGUUAUGGAAAUGACAAAUUCUGCUGGCUUAGCAUUGAUUCGGGACUUUUCUGGGCUUUUGCUGGACCGGCAUUGACAAUAAUAUUUACGAACACCAUCAUCACGGUCGCAGUCAUCAAAAGGUUGUUUGGAACUUCCGCUAUGUCAAAACGAGGGGAUGCUGACAAGAUCAAGACUGGACUUCGGAGCGUGUGUGUCUUGUUGCCAGUGUUUGGGAUCACGUGGCUGUUCGGUGUGUUUGCUGUCAACAAGGAUACUGUCGUUUUCCAGUACCUCUUUGUCAUCUUCAACAGUCUACAGGGAGUUCUGAUCUUCGUAGUUCAGUGCAUCCUGGAUAGGAAAGUGCAGGAGGCGUUCAAAGCCAGGCGAGCCAGGUGGCUUGCACCAGAGGUGUCCAUCACUGCUACCGAAAUGAAAACGAAGUCCUCGGCUGUAACAAAAUCAAACGCCACCGAAUCAACUGCAUAACUGACGAAUGUCCAGUUUACAUGUAUAUACAUGUAUAUGCAUACUUUACCAUAUUUGUUUGAUAUUAAAAUAAUACUUCACAUAUUUGCAAUAGAUGUUCAGGAGUAUACACAUUCGGUGUUGCUUUUUGGUUUGGAAAUACACAUUUAUAUAUGAGCCUCAUUAUUAUAAUAUUUUAAUGGAAAAUACAACUACAUCGCGUAAAAGAUAACAAAUAUAAACACUUGUUUGUUCGAAUACAUUUUAAGGUUGAAUUUAAUUAGAUGGGAGAAAUAUCGUGUCAUUAAUGAACCUGAGUAAUCAUGUGUGUAUUUCUUAUUUAAACACACUUUAUAAGUAUUGAUUAUAAUGGAAUCUAUCGAUCAGUAAAUAUUUUGAAUUAUCAAUUACUUUUAAUUAUUUUUGUGUAAAAAUAAUAUUUUUGUAUGCCUUUUUGUUAUCAUUUGUUUUCUUAUUAAAGCUUAUCGUAUUUGUAGUUUUAAUCAUUGUCUUUGUAUGUCAUGUAUUACAUUUUGUGUCAGGAAAUAUGGAGGAUAUUUGUAUUUUUAUUUCAGUGUAAGAUUGCAAUAUAUAUUUUACGAGUGUUCAUAUAAAACAGCGCAUAAAGACAAUAUGCAUUAUUAUUUGAAUGAUGGUCAGUGUCAAAAAACAUCUGUGGAUUAAACACAUCAUUCAAGUAUGUUUGUUUAGUGGAAUUUAAUCACGUUUAUAUUCUGAACAGCGUCUGUAUCCUGAUCGUUUACACUAAGCUUCUAUAAGGCGAAGAAAUAGGGAGAAAAUUGUACACAAUGCUACGAUGUUGACAAUGUUUAGAGAUCAUAUAAAGAAUUUUUCGGUUUAUUGCUUAUUGUGUGAAAGGUGAUUUUUUUUCUUGAGAUUCGAUAUUUAUGUGAAAAACUAUCGAGCUAUCUAUUCUGACAGGAAAAUAUUUGAUAAAAGGAUACCAUUGAAAUGAUGAAUGGUGAGCUUGAUUUACUUCUGAAACGUGUUGUAUAAAAGCUGCACUCGCACUGAUUGACCGUUUUACAACGUUUUUAAUUUGUUUGUCUUGGAAUGACUCAUUUUGGGCGUAAAUGCGUGGAAACAAGUAAGAUGAGACUGCUGACAAAACAUCAGAUCGCAGACAUUCUAUUUUAGUUUGAAAAUUGAUGUGUUUUUUACUAAAAGAGUUACUUACGCUUUAAGAAAUAUUAUUUUUUCUGCAGUUUUCCAAAUUAUUGGUAUCUGUUCUAUUGUGGGUUAUCAAUCAUGACCACAUUGAAGUCAUUAAUGCACAAAAUAACUGAUUCUAGGCAGUUUUUUUUUAUAUUAAAUAUCAAAACUAUCAAUAUGUGAGAUAGUAGCUUUAAAUAUUUAUUUGUAAACUCAAGUUAUAAUUUUGACAUAACUAUUUUCCGGCGGAAAAGAGUUAAUUAUCAAUUCAAGAAAAAUGACACUUGAUAUAAAAAGUAGUCCUUUAAUGGCAGCCAAGGUCAAAUGAUUCUAUAAAACUCAAAUAAUAUAACAUAGUAAUACACAUAGACCCUAAUGUACUGUACUUUCAAUAGCAUUAUCAGUGCUUAAAUCGAAUUAAAGAUUGCAAAUAACGACAAAAAACAAUAGAUAAAAAAACAAUCCAUUUUCAGAAUGGAAAUACUACAUGUACAGCUCUUCUACCAAAUACCUCCAAAAUUAUCAUUUUGAUCUUAGUCAGAAAUUUAAAACCCCAAUUUCUGGACUUUUUACGGGUGAAAUUUGGCCAGUUUUAAAUUUGAUUUUUGUGUUUUGUAAAACUUCAUACAUUUCCGUCACAUAGGUUGCUUUGAGGGACAUUAUUAAAGUUGUUGUUUUUUUCUGACAAUUCGAUAUUUCACCAAAAGAGCAUAACAUAUGUUUUAUCAAGUUGUUUACUACUACAUGAAUGUCAAUAUAAUAAUGUAAGUAUGUUUAUAAGUCUUCUUUUUGUUUUAUUUUGAUGCUUGAAUAUUAAACUUUUGAUAUAUAUGUCAAUUUGAAGAUAGACGCUACAUUUGUUUUUUGUUAUACAACUUGAAUGAACAGGUAGUAAAGUUAAACAAUACUCUUAUAUCAAAAGGAGAAAGCCUAGCAUGUAAUUCAUAUUUUCAAAUUAUGUUCAAGUGUUUGCUUAUCUUAUAUAUGAAUUAUAUUUAGUAAUAUUUGUAUGUGUUUAUUCCAUGCAUGAUUAAAUAUUAUUGUCUAUGUUGUAUCCACUUGCUAAUUUAGUAAUACAUAUUAAAAUACAUUUUAGAUCUUUUUGAAGAGAA